CGACAGCAGCAUGUUGACAGCAGCAGCAGAGAGGAGGAGAAGAGUUCCUAGUCGGGUUUUCAGUUCCAGCACAGGGUUCUCUUCCUGUGCUGCCCAGAGGUUUUCCCUCCACCUGAUCUUCCUCUGCUCACUCAGCCAUGAGCGACAGUGACGACGACGUUCCCACCCUGUCCGCUCACACCCUGGCUGCCCUGCAGGAGUUCUACGAGACCAGAACCGGUCCUGAUGAUCGGGACGGGACGCCGGCUGACCCGUUCGCCGUGGGAGCCGUGGAGGAGGACUGGCGGAUGAGUCAGUUCUGGUACAGUGACGAGACGGCAGCAGUGCUGGCGGAGGAAGCGGUACGGCAAGCCGGAGAGGGAGGCAGGAUAGCGUGUGUGAGCGCCCCCAGCGUCUACCAGAAGCUAAAGCAGGGAGUGGUUUCCGGCUCUGACGGGGUGUCGGCCGUCGUGCUGGAGUACGACCGCCGCUUCGCAGCCUACGCCGACGACUUCAUCUUCUACGACUACAACGAGCCGCUGUCCCUCCCGUCCAGCGCGGCGCCGCGGAGCUUCGACAUCGUCCUCGCCGACCCGCCGUACUUAUCCGAGGAGUGUCUGAGCAAAGUGGCCCGAACCGUCCAGUACCUGAGCAAAGGCAAAGUGCUGCUGUGCACAGGAGCCAUCAUGGAGAACGUCGCCAAAGAACUGCUGGGGGUAAAAAUGUGCAGCUUUCUGCCCAAACACAACAGGAACUUGUCCAACGAGUUCCGGUGUUUCGUCAACUAUCCCUCGGACCUGCUGUGAGGAAGAGGAAGUGGACAAUUGAAUUCAGUUAACAGAAUCAAUUAGACGAGACAUUACUGAGUGGGUUUAAAAAAAGAGAGAAAAGAUAUCAGUAUUGUUUUGGCAAAACCCAUGAAGUGUUUUCAACUUUUAUUAUGCGUUUUUCAUUCAUUACAUCAAAGCGAGUGAGACGUUUCUGCUCUUGUGUCUCAGUGGAUCUACCUCAAAAAAACAUGCACAUUCAACACAUUUCUUUUCUCCAUUAAACUGAUUGCUGAACUCAUAUGUGAA